AUGCCUCUUGGCACGAAUUCGACGAGAUCCAGAGUGCUGCUGCAAGGAGAUGACAGCACCGUCGCAACCAUGAGGCAGAUAGCCAGGGGCCCGGCUGGAGAGUUCCAGCCUUGGAACCUUUGGAUGGGAGCAGGUGGCAAAUGCACGGAGAAUGGGGCCAAGAACUUCGCGUAUUUCUACAUUUACGAUGGGAUGAACGCCAUUAUGAAGCAGUAUAUGGCGGUCACAACGGGUGUGAAGCUGAUUCUUGGGUAUGUUGCCGGAGUGGGGAACACCUUGAUCAACAUGCCGCUGGAAGUUGUCUCUACCAAGCUGCAGCUGGACGAUGCCAAGGGCUUGGGGACCUUUGGCAUGCUCCAGCGCAUUCUGAACGAAGAUGGGUUUGGUGCUUUGUACACCGGCCUUGGCUUCAACAUUGCCCUGUGCAUCAACCCGGCGAUUCAGAAUACCAUCUUGGACAAGCUGAAAGAGGCCCUUCUCCGGCAAAUGAAACGCAGAAACCCUGAGGUGACUCCAGCUCUCUCAGCUUUUCAGGCUUUCACUUUGGGCGCCUUUGCCAAAGCAGUGGCGACCGUAGUAACAUAUCCCCUGGUGCGACUGAAGACAAAUCUGCAAGCUGGCACGGCGCCCCAACCGGCUGCUGAACCACCGCAACCGGUCAUGUCCAGGACUGGCAGCGGACACAUGACGCGUACGCGCUCUGUGGAGCUGAUUCGCGCGAUGUCCUUCCGUCAGGACAAGAAGCCAGAGGUCCAGACGCUGUGGCAGAGAUUCAUUGAGUUGUACCGGGGCGUUUACUCUGCCCUGCUCAAGAGCACGCUGCAAAGUGCCCUGCUGUACAUGGUGAAGGAUCAGGUGGAGUUUUCCAUUGAGCGAUUUUUCCACCUCACAGCGCAGGCCUUCUUCCGCAAGACCGGCCAAGUGAAGCUUGGCAGUGCUGGCAGCGAGUUCCUGGCCGAGAGCCACUGUGCACAUCCAUUUGUCGCAUGUGCUGCCAUGGUGGCACGUGAGUUCGAUGGCUUCGACGAUGGUUACGGUGACUAUGGCGAUGGAUCCGAGGAGGAGAACCCGGCUGAGGAGGAUGGCAAGCCGAUGUUCGGCAGUCUGGUCGGUGAAGCCGGGGAGAUGCUCAUGGAAGAUGAGGCAAAGAACCAGCGACAGGCGCGCCGUAACUUGCGCAUCCGUGGCCUUCUGAAGGGCCGACGAGACACCACUGUCGAGGAGCUGCUGAAGCCCGACACGUUGGGCGAAGUAGCGACCAUCACCGACCUGCUUGAGCCAAAGCCUGCAAAGGCUGAGGACCAAGUUUCGGAGCUGCCACCCUGGCUCGUCUAUCGUGACGAGCCCUCAGAGGUGAGCCUGCGUCUCCACGAGGAGCUCCUCGACUUUGCUGCCUUUAUGCGGCCGACGAUCAUCGAGUCGGCGGCAAGGGAUGCCUGGACACACACUUUGCAGCAAGCUUCCGAGUCCUUGUGGCCGCAGGCGCGAGUGCAUGUCUUCGGUUCCACUGCCACGAAGCUGAACUUGCCAAAUGCCGAUGUGGACGUUGCCAUCGUCAACAUAGAAGGCGUCAGAGCCACCACGGCCAUGAAAAAGCUGGCCGAGCUCCUGUUGGAGCGCGAGGAGGUCAGUAAAAUUGAAAUAAUCCAGUCUGCAAAGGUUCCGGUGAUGAAGGUCCAGCACCGAAACACGGGGCUGAUGGCUGACAUCGUAGUCAACCGGACCGAUGGCCUCGAGACCGCGCAAUUCAUUGACGAGCAGAUGCGGCUAUUUCCUGCGCUGUCGCCACUGGUGCUGUUUCUGAAAUUGUUCCUUUCACAGAGGAACCUGCAUGAAACGUUCAUGGGCGGCAUGGGCUCCUACGUGCUCGUUUGUGUGGUGCUCUCGUUUCUGCAGCACCACAAGUCGGCCCAGAGUUCCCAUUUGCAUUCGGUAACUACUCUGGGCAACCUGCUGCUGGACUUCUUCAGGUACUAUGGCCAGGAGUUCCGCUACGCUGCAACUGGGAUCUCAGUGCGCGAGGGCGGAUCCCUCUUCGACAGAGCCAAGCGAGGUUGGACCGCAACAACUCGAUCCGGACAGGCGACGUUAUGCCUCGAGUCGCCAACAGAGCCUUCAUUGGACAUUGGCGGCCGGAUAUUCAAGAUAGGGCUGGUCCGAGCUGCCUUCAACCACGGAUACCAGGUCCUGUCGGCGCUCUUCCUGGCGAAAAAGGCUCCAGAAGGAUCCCUUCUUUGCCCAUUCCUCCUCCGACAGGACCAUCCGACCAUUGCGGAGCGCUAUCAGCUCUACCGCGAGCAGCCCGCACCCUUCCUGGAGGGCGUCGGACGUCCGGAAAGUGACGAGGAGGCGCAGGAGCCGACACCAAAGAGGCGUCGUGGGGAAGAUGCGCCAACCGUGGAUGUGCCUCUCACAGAGCCGGAUGCCGACGAGUUGGGCGAUGCGUUGGCCUUCUUGGCAGAGACCGAGGAAGGGCUGGGCAAGGGUGCAGAGGGCCCGGUGAGAGAGUUCGGCCGUAUGCUGCAGGAGGUUGCCGAACUUGGCGGGGCCUUGGACUUUUUGGCUGCGGAGCUCCCAGGACUACAGAAUCGGUGCAGUGCAGGGCUUCGGAUCCAGCGUUUGAGGGGCUCCAGUCUUCACGGGCAACACCUUGAUGCAUUGGCGUUGAUGAAGGGCACAGAAGGCAUGAACCCGGGAGCUGACAACGGAGAGCUCGAAGACGAGGACGACGAAGCAUAUGAUCCCCUUGCUGUGCUGCCCGAGGUCUUCGACACGGAGGAUCCUGCGGGCGACAAAGAUGCGCUCGCCGCGGCAGCGCAUUUGCUGAACGUGGACCCUCAGGUUCUAGCUGAGGAGCAGCGCUUGCUGCAGGAGCAGAUCCACCUCCUCGAGGAGAUCCAGGUCCUCGAGGCUUCAGCUGCAGAACUGGAAAUGGACGAGGAGGGAGACGGAUAUGCUGACCCCGGAGACGGAUAUGCUGACCCAGAGCCAGAGGAAGCAGCCGAGACUGCAGCGCAAGCCGCAACGAAGGCAAGCGAUACCUCCCUGCUGGUGCACGUCCGCGCAGCCAAGAGGAUUGCGCCCAUCCUGCUGUUUGCCAACGAAGCGGGCGAGGUUCCUGUCGCUGCGGCCAUUGCAGCUUUCGCCCUCAGAGAAGCGGCGGCCCGGAUUUGGCCGCAGUGCGCUUUGUGCCAACGACUCCAGAGCUGCUCCGUGCAUUUGCCUCAGCUCCGUGAGGAGCUGCUGCCAGCAGCGGUGCCGCCGCUGACUUGCCGUUUGCAGCUCUGGGCCGGCUUCGAGCGAUUGCGGAGCGACGAGGAUCUUCGGAACUACCGCGAUCCGCUUCGCGGCCGAGUAGACCUUGUGGCCAAGGCGGACCCGAAGAGUCCCCACUGCCAAGGGACGGAGUCUCGGGCUUGGUCUCCUCCAAAGAACGCAGUUGUUCUUGGCCCGAGCACCUGGGACGGCACCAGCAGCCCGCUCGAGCUCACAGAACGUCGUGUGCCGCAAUGA